AUGUAAGCAAAUAACUUCAAAUCAUAAUUCAGAAUGAAACAAUAGACUACUUUAAACUAACAUUCAUCAUAAUAUCCACCUGUUAAUAAUUAGUGUGUUCAUAAGUUGGAAGUCUCCAAACUGGAUAACGUUAGCGAGAUAUAUGGACUGGAACUAGGCCUGUUCUCUUAAAGUAAGGCCAGUUUGUACUUGAAUUGGGCUUUUGAGAUGUAGGCCUACUACAUUUGCCGCUAAACAACAAGAAAUCGAUUCGGAAAAGAAAAUCAGAAAUCAUAAAAAAGAGAGAGAGGAGGAAGGAAGGAAGGACAGCCCAGACUCACAGAGAUGUCGUCGAACUCGCAUCAGGCCAACGAUCCACGGCUACCGUCGGCACAGCGGCCGUACAAGGCCCCCGCCGUUUCCCCACAAGAUCUCCCCGUUGAUUACUCUGGCUUCAUAGCUGUCAUCUUCGGCGUCUUCGGCGCCAUGUUUAGAUACAAGUUGUGUUCAUGGCUGGCAAUCAUUUUCAGUGCGCAAGCGCUGGCCAACAUGAGGAAUUUUGAGAACGAUUUUAAGCAGAUCUCCAUGGCUAUGAUGUUCGGCAUCAUGGGAUUGGUGACAAACUAUUUGGGAGUGGGGCAAAGGGUAAAACAAUGAUGUAGAUCGCAAGUUUCGUUGGUGGAAUUACUCUGGAUGAGCUGAGGUGUCUGCGGGUAGAAGCUCUCAUAUUUUAUGUUGUUGGUAUCAAGAUUAGUUUCAGGUUGUUGAUGUGGUUAUCUUAACUUGUAUUUGGGUUUGCGGCGGUUAUGUGUUGAAACUGAAAAGCGGCCAGGCUGAAUUGUAACAAUAGAAUAAUUCGAUUCACUUUCUUGCUUAUAGUUCAUGGCUUUCCGGGUUCCAUGCUUCAUUUUUUCACAACAUCAAUGUGAUGCACAACGGUACCUAACAAUGCAUCAGAAAUCUUUCUAAUGACCUGGAAGGCCAAACUUUAUCCCUACUUUAGGUGUGCGUUACCUACUUUAGGUGUGGGUUAAUUUUUUUCACUACAUUGUAUGGCUUUUGGGUCCCUGUUGUUCCUUUUUAGUCUUGUGUUGUUGGUUUACUGAAUUUCUCAGUGUGACAUAGUGCCAUAGGAAUUGAGCGAGUUUGCCCUUUGAGCAAUUGAUGAUUCGAUCGCUUUUGAAAGACCUUUGUUUUUUUUUUUUUUUAAUUCAAUUGAAAAUAAUCAGAAACUGUGAAACAGGACAUAAAUGUUGUCCUGGAUUCGUCUUCCCCCAACUUGUGCAAUUUGAUGAGGCAGGGAUACAUUUCCGCUGGAUGAUUUAUUGAUUAAUGAAGACUUUAUGAUGCUUGUCCUACAUCCUUUAAGAAAAGACUUCAGUUUUCAUCAGAAAUCUUAAAACCACGGACUGAUGUUGCAGUUUCUUUUCAGCCAAGUGGCUGGAGUUCGUUACUCUUGUGUAGGGCUGUACACGGUCCGGUUUGGCCGGUUUGGAGGGUGAAGUAUGGGCCAAACCGGAUUUUACGGUUUGAAAAUAUUCAAACCAAACCGGCCAAAUGUAAUUAUGAAAUCUGGGCCGGCCGAACUGUAAUUUAACGGUUCAGUUUGGUGCGGUUACGAUUUGG